GAUUGAAAAGAUCUUUAAAAAAAAAAACAGUGAAUAGUUCUGACAGUGAAUCUCAACAAUUAGCAAGUUCAGAACCUCUCCUGUUGGACUCUCAAAGUGUAUCAAAAUCAUUACUCAAAACAAAACCACUGCCAAGAACUGAAAAUAAUGCGCUUGGAACAAUUUUUGAAAAUGACUCAGAUUCCAUCGCUGGUCCAUCUAGUCGGCAGCAAAUGACCUCUAUUAAUGAAGCUAUUGAUGAUUUAAAAGUAUUUUUCAAAAGAGAAAUAAAUAACGCAAAGCGAAGUAUUUUAUAUGAUUUGGAACACAAGAUUAAUACGAUAAAAAUUGAAUUAUCAAAACGUCCAGGUGAAAUUGCACCAUCAGAACCCUGGAGAAUUAUAGGUGAACUCUUGCCAGCUAUGGAAAUUAAUAAAUUCCUAGAAUUAAAUGAAAUUUUAAGUACAGACAGCGAAAAACAAGAUGCACUGAAACAAAUUUUUCAAUUAGAAACCAUUGGUUCCACGAAUUAUGCUGCAGAUAUCAAUAAAAUUCUAAAAAAAUUAAUUGGAAAAGAGGUUCAAUUACUGUAUAGCGGAUGCGGUAGAAUGGCAAAUGGGGUUGGAGGAACUCCCAGUCUUGAACGACGGGGCCUAGCUUGGACUAACUCUGGGCAACCGAGCUUCGGCUCUUCAACGCCGGCCCAGGCCUGGGUCGACCUAAUGGAACUUUUUUUUAUGUUCGCCCAAGCUUGGGCCAGCCCGUGA